AUGACUCAGACUAAGGAAACACCAUUGAUAUUUGCACCAGAAACAUAUCAAUACGACAAGGGUCAUUUGAACGAGCAUGAAGUGGCUACCAGUCCAAUAGAUCAAUUCAACGAAUGGUUCAAAUAUGCUUGUGAUGAAGUCAAAGAUAAGGAAGCGAUUAUUCCUGAAUGCACCACGUUUUCUACUGCUCGCUUACCAAGUGGUCGUAUCUCCAGUAGGAUCGUUUUAUUGAAAGAGUUGGAUCACCGUGGAUUUAUUAUCUAUUCCAACUGGGAUCAGCUGAAGAAAAGCAAGGACCGUGAAACCAAUCCAUAUGCUUCACUUUGCUUCUUCUGGCCACAUAUUCAGAGACAAGUUCGAGUUGAAGGGUUGAUGGAACUGGUUGAUAGAGAAACUUCCGAGAGAUAUUUUGCUACUCGUCCCAGAGGAUCAAAAAUUGGAGCUUGGGCUUCUCCCCAAUCACAACAGUUAUCCAGUAGAGACGAAUUGGCUGAUAAGUAUGAAUUCUACGAGAACAAAUUCAAGGAUUUAAACGAUGACGAAAUCCCUUGUCCCGAAUACUGGGGAGGUGUUAGAAUCGUUCCAUUGGAAGUAGAAUUCUGGCAAGGAGGUAUGAGUAGAUUGCAUGACAGAAUCACCUUCCUUAGAAACUCAGAAUCUGACACCUGGACUCUGGUACGCAUAUCUCCAUAG